CGGUUGUGCGAGGAAGCUGUGUACCUAGUGUAUUUUGCUUUUGAAAAAUUAGGUUUUCAUUUCAAAAAACCAGUGCCGUUUCGUAAAAAUGGACGAAAUAGAUGAACAACUCGCCGAGGAAAUGAAAACGAAAAGAAUUUGUCGGUUUUGCCUGACGCAGGAGGAACCGAUGAGCGAUAUAUUUUCGUCUGACACGAAAGAAAGCAGCAACAACAACAGCAAAACGAAGCCAACUCCUUUAACGCUGCAGAUAAUGGCCUGUGUUUCGAUUGAGGUUUACAAAGAUGAUGGGAUGCCAAGCACAAUAUGCAAUAAUUGUCGCCAGCUAAUGGAUCAUUCUUAUCGCUUCAAGCAGAUAUGUAAAAAAGCCGAUACGUUGCUAAAGACGUAUCCUUUAACUGGCGUUUGGCCAGAAAAAUUGGCAGUUCCUUUCAAUUUGUUUAAGACCCAGAGCACUCAAUCUGUAGUGGCCAAAGAGAAGCCACAGGCACGACAAAUAACAGUUAUACCACCAAGAGGUGAUUCGCAAAUAAAGCGCAGUACUUCGACCUUCAAAGCACCCGCUGCAGUAUCGAAGCAGAUAACAGUUCUUGAAGUUGCACAGGUAAAACCACCACUUAAGCAAGUACCGUCUCAAUUUGAAGAAGCGGUUACUCAGAAUGUUGAAGAAACAAAACCUGUAAUUGAAAAUGUAGAUAUCAAACCAAAAAUUGUAAAACUAAGCAUUGAAGAUUUGAGAAAUAUCAAGCAGGGAAAACCGAUCGAUAAAGCUAAGUCACUCAACGCAACAGUAGCCCCAACACCGGUUAAGAAGCCUCCGGUAAAGCUGAUCAAUGGAAAUCUGGGAACAAGUAACAAGAAACCGGUCUUGCUAAACAGCAUGCAACCUAGUAAGAAAACUGAAGAGCAUGUGGUACAGGUUGCUGAUGGAAGGCUGGAAAUUAUCUCGAUGGAAGCGUCUGAUACCAUCGAUCCACUCAAGCUUGCCGAGCCGGUAGAAACAAAUGUUUUCCCAUGUACCGAAUGCGAUCGGUCUUUUCCAUUGCGACAAUUACUGGAGAUACACAAGAGCAACCAUAAUCGAGAACGCAACCAUCCAUGUGAGUUGUGUGAUAAGCGAUUUUUCAACAAGUAUGAUUUGGCCAAGCAUAACAUGACCCACACUGGCGAACGUCCGUUCGUAUGCGUUAUUUGUAAAUCUUCGUUUCCGCGAGCUACUCUUCUAACAAGGCACCAAAGGAUUCAUAAAGAUCAAGCAAAAUUUAUAUGCAUGUACUGCAAUCGCUCCUUUUUCUCGGACGAAGAGCUGCAGAAACAUUCGGAGAUCCACCAGAAACGUCGUCCUUAUCACUGUAGUAAAUGUCCGAAAAGUUUCGCCUACAAACAGGGCCUCGAGCGGCACGAGGUUACGCACGACACCAAUCUUCCCUACCCGUGCGAACAUUGUGAUGUGACGUUUACUUCUGCAGCCAAAUUAGCACGGCAUCUUACUGCACAUGCCGGAAAUCGACCGUAUCCAUGUCGUUUGUGCCCAAAGUCUUACAUGUUACCACAUCACCUUACUAGACAUAUGCGGACACAUCAGGCUGGCAAAGGAGUGUAUAAGUGCAGCGACUGCAGUAAGAGUUUCAACAGUGCAGAUGAUUUGAUAUAUCAUUCAGCGGUGCAUGCGACCGCCAGUCUUAAUUGUCCACUUUGUCGAGAUCAUUUCAAAUCUGUUGAUCUUGUUACUGCUCACAUCAAGCUCCAUUCCGAGAGUGAACAGCACGCAUGUGACUAUUGUGAUUUGCUGUUCCUUGAUGCAGAGCGUUUGGAAGAGCACUGUCACGAAGACCAUCAGGACGUGUUAGCAACCGAUCGAACGGGAACCGAUCUGGAUACGAGUGCUUCUGGCACUGAAGAUAAUGCGCUCGUCGAAGGUGCCGAGCAGCUGAUCAUUGAGAAGAUCGUCAUUGGAAAGGAUGGCAGCAAGACGAUUACAACUUUUGUGGAUGGUGAACAGAAAGCAGAGAAAGUAGUACUAAAAUCGGAAAAGACUUCCAAAGGAAAGCAUGCCACGAAUGAUCGAACUGUUAAAGAUGAAAUUUUCUUCGAUAGCGAGGAACUGGCUGAAGAAGAAUAUGUGGAUUUUUCAGAAAAUGAUAUGCAAGUGGAAGAUCAAGAAUAUUGUUAUGAGGAAGAAACAGCGACAGAGCCAGUUCCCGAGCAGCCCAAGCAGGAGCAGAAGAAAAGUAACGUAGUGGAGCAGUACCGACCGAAAGCUGAGCGCAAAAGUGUUUCUCCGCAGAAAACUAUAGCGAUAAAAUCCGAACCCGUAAUAAGUUCUGUCAAACCGAGCGUACAAAGAAAAAUGGACAGCUUCUUUAAAAAGACUCCAUCUAAAUCUAGACCGUCUUCGGAGAAUACAGCAAACAAAAGUGUUGGUGAUGUGUUGAAAAAUCUACCUAAAGAAAUGACGGUGAAGCGACCUACUCCAGCUACACCAAAAGAAUCUACCCAAUCCGCUAAACCUUCCAAAACGCCAGAAGGCUCAUUAAGGGUAUUUCCAUCGAGUAGUAAAGUUGGAAACAAAACUAUACCCCUUGCGCAUAAAGCACCUACAGCAACUGUACGGUCACCCACAAAGCAACAGAACAGCACUGCUAAAGUUGAAAAACGGUCUCCCGAUAACGUUACUGCUAAGGCCGGAGUAAAGCGACCAGCUGAGGACUCACAGCCACAUUCUCCUGUAAAACGCGUCGCUAUCGAGAACCGACGUUUAUCAGUUGCAGCGGUCAACACACCAAUGUCAGCUGCUAAACAGGAGCCCAAGCCCAGCCCAGGAUUGAAAAGAAGCAAAACUUUCGAAAUGAAAAUAGGCGACAAAAUGGUCAAAGUUCAGAAAGUCAUCAUGACCAAGUCCGAAGUGGCUGCAAUGGCUCGGGAUGGAAAAAUUGAGAUGCAAGGAGAAACCAUGAUACUUAAAAAGUAAGUUGUGAAUGACUCUAGACUAAUAACUUCCCUUUAUCAUACGUCUGUUGGUAUUUGAUUGAAUAAAGCUAUAAG